UGUGAGUCACUCCUUCUCUCUCCAUUUGGACCAGUCUCUGGCUUUCCCCUCUCUCACCCCUGGACCCCCACCUCUCCCCAACUUUACUUCCCACUCCUCUCUCACUUCCCUCUUCUUCCUUUCCUUCUGCGAGUUUGCCUUGCGGGCUCCUCCUCUACCUCAUAAGUGGUUGCAAAGUGAAUCUGAACUUACUCGUGGUGGGCGAGGACAUCUGUUUGAGAGGAGCUCUGCACAGACAUUUAUCUGGGGCUUGCAGGGAAGUUUGACUUGCGAAGUCUUAAAUGAUAAAUCCCUCCGAAUUUUAGGACUGCAAGACCGGAUGGAGAUGACGGGACACAUCGUCACACACCUGCUCUGUCUGCUGUGUCUCUGCUUGGCUCAUCCUCAGCCAGUGAGGAUACCUGGCAGCAUGCAUGUAGCUGGCUCUCUGGGCAGCAACGUGGAGUUGCCGUGCAACCUCCCCACGAUGCCAGCUUCUCCCAGCGGUCCCUCUGCCACCUCCACACCGGGACCCCUUCUUGACGAGAAGGUCAGAAUCCAGUGGGUGAAGCUGGAGAAGGAUAAGCCGGUACUGGUGGCCCAGGACGGGCAGAUUAGGGUGUGGAAAGAGUUCAUAGGCAGGGUGUCGGUGCCCAGCAACCCGCCGUCACUGGGGCACGCCUCACUGACCAUCACGAGGCUCCGGGUGACAGAUGCAGGACCAUACCUCUGCAAGGUGACACAAGGACUGGAGGAAAAGCAGAACGUCGUCCACCUCAGUGUCUCCGGCGUGGUGUUUCACUACCGAGCCAAUUCCAGCCGCUACGCUCUGGACUUCAAAAAAGCGACGGAGGCUUGUCUGUCUGUGAACGCCUCUAUGGCCACAGCUGACCAGCUGACUGCUGCCUUUCACGACGGCUUGGAUCAGUGCGACGCAGGAUGGCUCACUGACUAUACUGUCCGGUAUCCGAUCAGACAGCCUCGUCCUGGCUGUGAAGGCGACCUUCUGCACCGGCCGGGUGUGAGAACAUACGGCCGUCGUGACCCCACAGAGAGAUACGACGUGUACUGCUUCGCUGACGAGCUGCAGGGUGAAGUCUUCUAUCCGUCCUCCAUCACUGAGAAGAUCACCUGGCAGGAGGCGAAGGCGGAGUGUGAGAAGCAUGACGCCGUGUUGGCGUCCCCAGGCCAGCUGUUUGCAGCCUGGAGGGCGGGGCUUAGCCGCUGCGACUACGGCUGGCUGUCUGACGGCAGCGUCCGGUACCCCAUGAACAUCCCCCUGCCUCAGUGUGGAGGCGGCCUGCUGGGGGUCCGGACACUCUACAAGUACACCAACCAAACCGGCUUCCCAGACCCCACCGACAAGCACGGAGCGUUCUGCUUCAAAGCUAAACUACCAGAAACAACCGUCAGCUCUCCGAUGAGUCCAGCUGCAUCCCAACCCGACUCCUCCGCAUCCGGUUUGCACGUUCUAACGUCUGCGCACCCAGACAGAUCUGAACUUCGAGGCAGAACGCCAGAGCCUGGCACAGUGAGCCCGCUGUCUGUCACCUCACCUCACAUCAGAGAUAUGACCACUCCUUCCACCACCAAGGAUGACUUUGAUAUUCUAGAUUUUACUGUAGUUAGCCAGCUGGAGUCAGAGCCAAUUAGAGGGGACAGUUUGCCUCAGCAGCUGCCUCCUUUACCCACCUCCCGCAAUCAGCUUUCACGACUGGACACUCCCCAGCCGGAUGGCAGCGAGGAGCCAGUCUUUGCUGACCUGGGCUCCAACGUGGGUGUGGGAGGAGAAGUUAAACCAGAAAGCAUCCUGACACCGAGACAGGCUGGAGAAUCCACCACCCCAUCUCCCAAAACCGUGGAGCCGGAAGCGGGUCAACAGCCUGCGGUGGUGUUCAAGGACGAGGUCCGCCAAGGGCCAACGAUGGAGCUGGAGCUGAAACCAAACGGAGAGGCGCUUUUAAGUGGAGACUCAUCAAACCAACCGCUCCACAUCCUCGUCGUCAAUGUGCUGAGGGGAAAUCAGUCAGGGAACGAUCAGGAUGACCAGUCAGCUGCAGUGAGUCGAGUCUUGGAUUUCCUGAACAAGCCAUCAAACGGCUCAAAUCCUGUGUUUCCACAAAUCUCCGGACUCACUCAGGUAUCCAGUGAGGCUGUCCUGAACAAUGAAGACUCGGAACUCCUCCCUGAGACCAUCCGCUUUGUCAAUGGAAAACAUGAGGUGUCAUUCAGCCCACAACCUCCAGAAGAAGCCCGAGGGGAUCAGUUUGAGACGGCAUCUCCUGUUUAUGUUAAGGAGGUGGACAUUGGAGACAAAGACGAUCUAAGUGUGCAUCCUUUAGACCACAGUUUCUUACAGAGUCACACAGACGAGACCAGCGAUGAGGCCACUCCCCCCACAAAUACAGCCCAACAGGGUGUAACAGUUCCAGUCCAUGACGACAAGCUAGCCCCCAAAGCCUUCCAAGACCCACAGACCACUGCAUCUCAAGGGCCAGAAAAAACAGCAGCUACCACCGCCAGCCCGUCUUCAUCUACAGUCUCAUCAAUAACAUUUACAACACUGCCAGAUCCUAUUGUCCAUAAUGUUUCCCAGACCGGCCCUCACUUGGUCCAUGAAGGCACAGUGGACAAUAAUGCCGAGGCUUUGAAAGAGCGUUCUGACGAUGGAAAUGUUCCCACUCCAGCUUCAAUUUUGCCUGGUGUGAUGACGGAUGAGGCGGAGAUAGGAGGGAGAGAACCUCCAACUUUUAGCCCAGGUAUAAAGUCCCAGAAAACAUCCACACCCACCCAGAUAGGCAACUUUGAAGGAUCUGCUUCUGGACAGGAGGAGUCCUCGGGGCAAGAUGAUUACCUUCCAGAUAUACCCAGCCUCGCCAAGACACCCCCAUCAAUUCACCCCACCCUUCACACCAAGCAGCCUCUACACACAACAGUCAUAAAAGAAACAGACGGAGUUGCAGAGACUGAUGAUGGAGCUCAAGAAACAGGCUCAGGUGCAGAGCAGAUGUCUGGAGAGGGCGAGGCCUCUGGGGAUCAGGCUGGUCCGGCUGACCUGCCUCCAGGGGUCAUUGCCACUGUUUUACCAGGUGUGCCGCCUCUGAUUCCUGGACACCAAAGUACAACAGAAACACAGGACACAAACUCCAAACCAAGCAGGGUUACGCAUUAUUCUGUCACUUUACCGGAUCUCAAGAAACAUUCAGCUGUCACCAACAAGCCUUCACCUCCAACUUCUGAUCAUACUUCAGGUCCAUCCACCACAAGCUCCACACUAAGCAUAAGGGAUAAACCUGCUCCAACCACAGCAGCCUUUACUCCUGCUGACCAGACAACCCUCUCCACCCCCCAAUGGGCUCCAAUCCAUGACCCUUCAGCUAACGCUCUCCCAAAUGAAGAAUCUGUGGACUAUGACAGUAAAAGCUCCCCUGAUUUGCUGGAGUCUCACCCGGAGACCCCUUUACAGAGUGGAAUCACAGAGAAGGCAGAGGCCUGGUCUGAAUUAGAGCCUUCUGUGGAGCCCAGUCCUGUGAAAGUUCAAGACCUACUGCCGUGCUCAGUCAACGUCUGUCUGAAUGGAGGUUCCUGCUUCGAGAAAGGCCCAGUGAACAUCUGCGUCUGCACACCUGGAUUCAGUGGACUGCGCUGUGAAACGGAUGUAGACGAGUGCAACUCUAAUCCGUGUCUGAAUGGAGCCACCUGCUUGGACGGCGUCAACUCCUUCACCUGUCUCUGCCUCCCCAGCUACACAGGACAGCUCUGCGAACAAGACACUGAGGUGUGUGGGAUCGGCUGGGCCAAGUUUCAGUCCCACUGCUACAAAUACUUCAAACACCGGCGGACGUGGGACGCUGCGGAGAGAGAGUGUCGUCUGCACGGCGGCCACCUGACCAGCAUCCUGUCGCGGGAGGAGCAGAUCUUUGUCAACCGUCUGGGCAGUGACUACCAGUGGAUCGGCCUGAAUGACCGAAUGUUUGAGAGAGACUUCAGGUGGACCGACGGGAAUCCAAUGCAAUAUGACAACUGGAGGCCCAACCAGCCGGACAGCUUCUUCCAGUCGGGGGAGGACUGCGUGGUGAUGAUCUGGCAUGAGGGGGGGCAGUGGAACGACGUGCCCUGUAAUUACCACCUGACCUUCACCUGCAAGAAGGGAACAGUGGCCUGCAGCCAGCCGCCUUUGGUGAAGCACGCCGAAGUGUUUGGCGCAAAGAAGCCCCGCUAUGAGAUCAACUCCCUGGUCCGCUAUCACUGCAAAAAGGGCUUCAUCCAGAGACACACCCCAACCGUCCGCUGCUGCGCCAACGGCCAGUGGGAGACGCCCAAAAUCACCUGCAUGAGUCCUGCGACCUACCACCAGUCAAUGAUUGUUGAGCACUACGGCAACCAGAGGGAAGAGCUACAGAGGAACCACAUCCAUCACACCAACGGCCAAGAGAAGGCCAAUCAGACGCAGGAGCAGAGCUACGGCAUCCUGCAGAGCCUCUGGAGCCCCUUCCAGGCCCGAGUUCAGCAGCUGUUCAGGCAGAAGAAGCACGCCAACCAGGGGGAUCAGCCCGGUCACUGAAUGAGUUGGAGGUUUUUGUUCGAGAAUCGGCAAACAGAUCAAUGUGGACCGGCCUUGUUGGUCCGCAGGCAUCGGUAGACAGAAGCAGUGUUGUUAGAUCGCCUGUCUGUUGAUGGAUCUCACAAGAACAACAUGUGAGAUGUGUCAACAUGUAUUUUCUAAAAAAAAAAAAAAAAAAAUGCAAACAAAAAACAAUAGGAUAUUAACUGUAACACUUGGGACUGAUUCAUUUUUUUCUUUACUCAACAAUUGUCUCAGUUUUCAUACGUCGCAAAACUUGAGUCAUUGACACUCUUUCUUGUUGCUUUAAGUUUUAGAAAAUGUUCGUGCUGAGGACACUUUGCCAAAUACGUCACAACAUGGCAGAAGGUUUCGUAUGUGGAUGAGAGGACUCUCUAGCUCUACCUUUUAUAGAGCAAGAAAACACAGUUUUUUGUAAAAGCACACCAAGAAACUACCAUUUUUGUAAUAACGUUUUGAAUAUGGUCAAUAUAAAUUACAUUCCUAGUACCAGAAAGACUGCAUAGCAUAUGAACCACUAGUAUUCAAAGUGAGGGCUAGAUGAGAAGUGUUUCAGUCCAAUCCAACAGGCAGGCUGGAAACGGUUUUCCCAGAUGACUUUGGGUCCUUACAGCAGUACGAUGCACCCUGGCAUGCAGCAGCAAUAGAACAGCUUCAGUCACGCAUCAAUAAAUGGAUGUUGUUGACUUGACCUCCGAAUUCCCCAGAUCUCCAAAGAACUGAGCAUCUGCAGGUUGUGCUGGACAAAUGGAAGGAUUGUUCUCCACUUCUGACACCUGCUGAGUUUACCGCUGAUGUGCAGGACAUCACAGCCCACCUCUGUGGUCCAGAGGGAUCCAACAUUCCUCUGGUCAAAGGUGUUCUGUCAGAAAAAGGGGGACGGACACAAUGUUAGGCAAGCAUGUCAUAAUGUUAUGCCAGGUUGAUGUAUGUCAUCAUUUAAAGGGGCAGUAUUAUGUAUUUUCCAGGCACAUUCAAGUAACUGUGUUGCCUUCAGUUUUUAUAAAAAUGCUCUAUAUAUCAAAUAUGACCUAAAAGAAACAUAAAGUUUGCAUGUUCCAUAAAGUAAUCUUUCUGGAUGUGGCCAUGGAGGGAGCUGUGAUGCCCACCAGAGAGAAUGUGUUCAAAAACAACAUAUCAGUUAGCUGAGCAGUCGCACUGGUGCCUUAUUUAAUGCUUAAAGGAUAAGUUACUCAUAAAACACCAAGAUCAGUCAGACACAGCCUGUUGGAUCCUUUUAUACAGUUUGAUUGAUUAUUUUUUUAUUUUAAGGUGGUCAUUUGCAGAGAGGUUGUGAGCAGUUGCUAUCUUACCUGCACAGAAACAAAUGCAGACCGUACAUUCACUGGCCAGUUCCAAUGCCGAUCUAAAACAAGUCCAAAAUAUUAAAAGCAGAUCACUUUUCAAAUAUAAAAUUAUAAUAUAUAGAGCAAAUUUUAUCUUUUUCGUAUUCUAACCGCAUAGUUGUUUUUACGAUUUGUUUUCUCUUUAGAGUUUUUUAUGUUGUUGGGGUGAAAACGUGACAUUAAUGCACACAAAGAUAUAAAAAUGGAAUAUUCAAAAUUUGCAGUGUGUGCUGUUCCGGUUAUUCUUGAGCUAUGUAUUAUGAAGCCAUCUGACUUUAACUUAUUACAUACUUUUACUAUGAAUGGACUGUGAUUAAGUAAAGGCUGUUGGGCCAGAGGUGAUUUAUCCUUUAUUAUCAUUCUUAAUGUUUACAGAUUUUUGCCUCUCAUCAAUAUGAAUUUAAAACAUUGUUACCAUGGUGCAUUACUAGGUUGUUUUUUUUUGGUUUGUUUGUUUGUUUUCUGAUACACACUGUAUGUGUUUCGACAUGGUGCAACUCAAAAUCAGUGCAACAAAUUGACCGAACCAGUUCUUGUAGUUUCUCCAUCAUGAGUUUUUUUUUUUUUUUUUUUUUUUUUUUUGUCAUCCACAUGCUGCACAGCUGGGAUCUGUGUUCUGAAGCCUAGAAAUAACAGACAGACAUAAACAACCUUUUCAUGCUCCUUUUGAAAUAUUUUUCUACAUCAUGUCAUUACUGUACUUGAUAUAUCUGUGGCGCAAAAGGCUUAUUUUUUAUGUAAUCAUUGUUCCAUCCAUUUUUAACUGCGCAACAUCUCAUUAUCGGUGUUUUAUUGUAUUUGUGUUUAAAGUCGAGACGUUGUAA